AUGGCGGAAUCUUCAGGCGCAGCAAGCAAGCGCUCGUACAACUCCAGCAUCGAGCACCUGGGCAAGAGCUUGGACUCCAAGCGUGCUCGGAGAAGGCACUCUACGGAUGCCUCGUCCGAUGCAGGCAUUCAUCGGGCGACUGAAAAUCAGCAUGGUGGCAGAUUCUCUUACCACUCGACGACAGUAACGUCGCAAAUAGACACUCCUCGAGCAGCUUCGCAACCUACUUCACCGAGCAGUCUCUCUAGCUCUGGCACGAGCCGACGUUCUUCUAUUGCGGGCGCUGGUGCCACCAUCCAAAGUGUGCUCGAACGCACUUUCGAUGCAGCUUUUGGCGAAGACGCCGGUUUCCUGGCUCAGAUUCCGCACGGCUCGACCUUUGUCUCUUUCGUACGCCAAGCUCUCCAUGCUGGACGUAUACAGCCAUCAGCACCAUUUCUCGAUUGUCAGCCGAGCCAAUACGGAACCCUCUUCCCUCUGCUGGCUCAAGAAUUGCUUGAAAUGACGCUUCCACACUUCAGCCGUCUUCCAGCUGAACGCGAUAUCCACUUUGCAGCACCAACCUUCUAUAUCCGCGGCAUUGCCAAUGACACGAGCCAGACGUUCGAGGCGCUCUCUCCCGACGACGGCAAAGAGCCCCAGUUCUGCGAGCCGUCGACAGCCGCUGCAUCCGAGAUGGACAAUCCUACAAGCACGUCUUGCUCGGAGCUUCCAGAACGAUACGAUGUUGCGCUUUGCAUACAGCUGAUCGAGAUCUGGUUCCAACAGCAUCCUUGCAGCGUCAUUCUCAGCAAGACGGCAUUGCUGCAAGGGUGUCGCCAGUGCACUGUCGAUCCAGAGCUCCUGGCCAUUAUACUGGCGGAUGCGGUUCUCAUGUGCGAUGACCAGAGUCAUGGCGAAUCUGCACUGCUGGCUGCCAUCUCUGAGCGAAUCUUGCUGGCACGUCGCAUCGACGAGAGGAUUCCAAACCUUGUUACGGCCCAAGUUUGUUUCCUGAUAGCAUGGCGCUCCUUUGGCCGGCUUGAGAUACGUCGCGCUACGGUCUUCUUUGCAUACAGCUUUCACCUUGUCCAUCUGGUAGUGCAGGUGCGUGGAUUGCAAAGCCACCCGGAAUCGCUCGAGGCCGAAGUGGAACAGGAGCUACUUCUUAGCCUCUAUUGGCUGCUCAUCUCGCUCACUCUAUGGGCAUUCUAUCAGUCAGGAUUCCGGGCGGACGGCUUCUCGAAAACGAUCCUCAAUCUCCCUUUCCCACCAGCGGGAGAUUCGAGUUCGGCCGUCAUCCAUCGAGAUCGCGCGGCGAACAACAUUCUUUCCAUCAAGAAGCAGUCCGUGUGGGCAGCUGGUCUGGUUGCAAUCGCAAAUGUAUCGAUCGAUUCGUCAGUGGCUUCCAUCUCGUCCAUGAUGUACCAACUUCUGCCACAGACUGAGGAGCAACAGGCUGCAGCGGCAGCAGCACCGACUUUAUCCUGGCUCACACAAUCGCUGCAUCAGUUGCAUCACCUCUCACAGCGUUCCUGGUCACGUCGUCAUUUGACCGAGAAGAUCGGCGAAAUCUUGCAGCACAGUUACCAGCAGGCGCUCAAGUCUCAGUCGGCGGAAGCAUGGAGUCAACCUCACGUCCUAGCAACGUUGGCAACGAUUCGGAUACAUAUCACAUUUGCUCCUGUCGAAGAUGCUUCGGUACCGGAUAUCGACACGCCUCAAAAGUAUAAGAAUCUGGUGCAGUGCAUCCGCGAUCUAUGCGCGCUCACACAGAUGCUGGACGACUCUCAGUCUGGUGCCAUGUCGCGCGUAAAGCACACGCUUCUGGGACACGAGUUGGACCGCCACUCGCCGUUUCUCGUCCUCAACAUGCUUGGCCUCGAUGCCUGCGCACGCGGUCUUCGGGCACUAGUCGAUCGCUUGCGAACCUAUGUGCGCUUUAAGAAAACGCAUACGAUCCCGCUUCAAGAGCCUCAGCCUUCGAGCGCGCCAAGCUUGGCUCGCGAUCAGCGUCAUGCCACACUAGUCGAGGAGGCGCAGUUCGUUUGGUCGCACCUGGAUGAGAUUGCCUCGCUGAUCGACGCCUAUCAGCGAGUCUUGAUGCUCCCGUGUGCUGCUUCUGUGCGUCGCUCCGUGAGCCUGAUCGAAUCAACAAAGGUGUUGAAGAUGGAGGUCGACAAUAUGGUCAAGAUGCAGCAGGAUGUAUUGCUGUCACGAACAGGCUCAUCUAGCUGUGAAAAUGCCUUGUCGGACGGUGUGGUCCACCCUGGUGACUACCUUGGCGGGUCAAGCGAGGGCAGUCAAUAUCAAGGCAAGCGCGCUAGCAUUGCGAGCACGGGCGCAGACCAGCCGUCGAGACGAGCAUCUACUUCGUCAGGAACUGUUCUGGAUUCCCACAUGCCUUUGCAGCAGCACGAGUCUAGUGGAGAUGCCGCCUCAUUGGACAAUCCUUGCGCUGGUCAAGCGCUUGCGAAAGGGUUCUCAGGCAAACACUAUGGCACGAAUCAGCAAAAGUCGCUUCUCUCUUUCCUCUCUAAUCUAGGCUACCGCGAGACAGCCUCGGAAAGUACGGCUAGCGACCAGAAUGUGGAACUCAACCCUAGCAGCCCCCGGUGGGAUUUGGCAGUUCCUACACCUGCGCAGUUGGACAGCAGCUCUAACGAACACGUUGCACGCGCGUCUCAGCCAUCAGCUGGCAACACCUACAUUGGCUAUGAUGGACAGAGUCGUCACGCUUCUACAGCACAUACGGAGCAAUCUACAGCAUCCGGUGCUAAUGCAGCUGGGAACGAAGCAGCAACACCAUUGCCAUGGCUGUCUUCGAGCUUCAUGGCGUCGCUGACACAGGUACCUGAUUGCUCGACGUACUCAACCAACGAGCCUGACAGAUGCGAAUCUAGCAACGCCCUGUCUGGGAGCGUGCAGACCACUUCGCCGUGCUUCUCUGGAGCGGCUGCUUCACCAGGAUCCUUCCUGGAUCAACUCUUUUCGUUGUCCAUUCCUUGCGGUUCGAAUCCGGGCGAGGCUACAACUUUGCCACCCUUGCUUGGCUGGAACACUUGUGUCUGGACGCAGAAUACGGGCGGUGGUUGUGGCGAGUCAUCCAGGUUGACCAGCCCGCGCUCGUCGACUUUUCCUUCUACCAGCGCCAACGUUAGCGCCACUUCGAGCUACCGGGACCGAACCACCACCUCGACCUCAGAAGGAAGCACCAAGAGGUAG